AUGGCAGCCAGAAUACGCCGCAUCUGCUCUUCUCAAAUAUCGGAAACAGAAUUGAAGCAGCUACAAAACACACUCCAUGAAAAUGGCUAUCCAGAAAGGUUCAUCCUUCGGUACAUCAAGGAGCAUGUCACAAAGGCCGCAGUCGCAACGACGGAAAAGAAAGAUCUAUUCACAAGAUUUCUUUUUAUGGGAGAUGCAGCAAGUGAACUGGUAAGACGACGCCUGGGGACAGCAGUCACGAGUGCCUUCCCGGCGACAUCUAUUCUUUCACAUGCUCCUGUGGAGCGGGAUAUGUUGGCCGAACAACACAACGUCUGA